CAUAUUUGCAUUGAAAAUUCUGUCAUGCAGCUGUAAAAAUACUUUGUUUUAAAGCACUUAAGUUUUGCAAAAGUCUCGUCAGUUCCUAGAAGAUAAAUGAAUUGGUCUUUGGAAUCAGUUGGCGGGGCUCAGUUCCACCUGGAUUCGAACAAAGUUUCGCUUUUAAUAGACCUUUGCACACUUGAAAAUUGGCAGGUGAUAUUAAUCAAUUGUCGGAAUCCGUGAACGCUGAUUGGCUAUGACCGAAGGCUAAUUAUUCUGGACCAAUCUCUUCGCAUUUGAGCUUUCUUUACGAGCAACUUCAUACCGUCAACUAGCUUUAACUUAAAGCUGUAUGACAAGUUACAAGAAGUAGACUUCGACACGUGACAGGUGACAGGGACCGUGAUGUUAACCGGAGAGUUCACAGAAAACAGACUGAGAACAAGGAUUGCAAUAUUCGUGAGAAAAUCUUUUGACGUAAAGAAGACGUUCGUUGUAGUUGAGUUUCAUUCGCUUUGUUAUGAGAGAAUGUACUUGGUUUUGUUGAGAUGGAACGCUGAGUUGAAGGCAAAUGUUGUGCAUCCAUCCAUAUCUGUAAUGUGAUCCGUUUUUAUUUUGUAUGGUGGACACGGAAGUUUCUUUGAACAGAUGUUAUUUGCGGGAUAAAAGACAUUUAACUUGCCAAGUACUGACUGCAUAACCCUGGUGCCCGUUUCAUGAAAUUUGAAUGCGAGCUUGUACAUAUUAGACAUAGUACCUGGUCGAUCACAGCUUCUCAAUUUGAACGCAGCUUUACGUGAUAUCGUGGCUAAGCGAAAGUGUCUGGAUUGAAAACAGUUGAUUGCUUCAUCCAAAACCAAACACUGCUCUCAGUCAACGAUUCCGUGAAAGGUCUGCUGUUGAUUAUCAAGAAUACAAGAUGUCCUACUCGUACAGUGCUAUGUUGGUGAACAUAAUUGCUUCCAGUAUAUUUGCAUUUUUCGGGACUAUAGGAAAUGCUUUGGUUAUUUUCGCGUUUUUCAAAGUACGCUCGUUGCGGACAAUCAAUAACAUGUUUGUUGUACAGUUAGCAUUCGUGGAUUUGAUGAAGGCUUCGAUAAUUCUUACAACAAAAUCCGUGCAUCAAGCAAAGCAAGUCACUUCUAUGAACGAAGUAUUCUGUCAAAUUUCUGGAAUGUUGCGUGUCAUUGGCUCGUGCCAAUCCGCUGUCCUGCUAGGCGCCAUUGCGGUGGUGCGUUAUUUCAAAGUUGUGAAGCCGAGGCUGUUCGAGAAGAUAUUCACACUUAAAAAGACGUUAAUCUACUGCUGCUCGAUAUUUUUUGCCACCCUUUUAUUGUCUCUGUUGCCAGUUAUUGGCCUAGGCAAGUUUCGAUUCAGCAAGUCUCACGGAGCUUGUUUUGUUAACUGGGACAAAAUAAAUAUUCCUUUUCGUAGCAUUUACUACAUGUUUAACGUUGGGAUCACUUUCCCUGUCCUCAUCUUUUGUUACUAUAACAUUUUCAAAAAACUCCGGGAACACAGUCGGUCUGUUAUUCCUCGAAUUAAUAAGAAAUCCAAAUCAACUGUGACGGCCCCUAAAAUUGAAGUAACAAAGGCUAAUUCCAAGGAAGGGAAUGGCGAAAAGUAUAAAACAGAGAUGCCAGACAGCCAUACAAGUGACCAGCCAGCUAACGAAUCAGCUUCCCAUCUACAAGUCACUGGCGGAGAACAAGAAAAAAAGAAGGAAGGCUUGCAGAAGAAAACUUACAAAGUGAGAAUUAAAAAAGCAAAGGCCUGGUUUCGUAUGAGGAGAGAGAAAUCUGACGUCGAGCUGGAAGUAACAAGGAUUAUGUUUGCAAUAGUGAUUGUUUAUAUCUGUUGUUGGAUGCCAGCUGCUAUUGUGAACAUCAUUAACCUAUCGAAAGUUGUUGCUAUACCUGGUGAUGUGUUGUUACUUAUUGUCACCCUUGUUGACCUCAAAGUCUGCCUGAACCCCUUGAUUUAUGGCAUAGCAAGCAAACAGUUUCGCAAUGCAUUCUUAGCUGUGUUGCUAAGGAAACGAGUUGAAGACACAGUGAGCAUGAGCGGCGUAGGCAGCUCCUCUAAAGCGCCGUCCCAUGACAACAGCUGCCAAGAUAGUAGAGACAUGACUGGUAGUGCCUCGUUUGAAUCUUCGUGUGAUGAGAAGAAGGCUACGUGUGAUUAUUCAAGUGUAGAUUCCAAGGCAACAUGUGUUUAACUUUAGCAAGACAAAUUGUCAAAAGUAGGUAAGCUAGAUUCAUGCAUAUAAUUUGCUUCACUUCGACUCCAGGAUAAAAAAUUUAUUUGUAGUGACAAAGAAUGUGACUGGAACAAAAUGUCUGACCCAUACUGACUUAAAGGCAAUAGACAGAUGCUAAAGGGGCUUUGGUCAGCUUUCAAUAAAAAAGUGAUUAAUCAGUGAUUAAUCAAAAACCCCACCUUCAACCGAGAUUUGAUUAUUGAAAGGAGCUGUAUUUGUACAAAUAAGGAGCUAUGUUUACUACCCUAUACUUGGUAUGGUACCAUCUUUGAAAUUACCCCACACAAUGAAAAUAUCCUGCAUAUUCCUGAAUAUUCGCUGCGUUUUGCAAGGUGCUUGCAAAGUAAAUGCAGCUUUUAAAUAACAUCUUCAAGAAAUCACUAACGAACAAAUAUUGCAUCUCCUAUUGCUCUUGAAAGCAAAUUAAUCCAGAAAAACUUGUUAAGGAGGGCAAUAAAGAAAAGACUGAGAGAAGGACAGGUGUUUUUUCCAAUUAAAUUAUUCUGUUUUCCUUGCUUUGUAGCGUUGUGAUUAUUUAGUAAACAUAUGUUACAAACUCGUCAGAUCAACGCUUUUGCCUGGAAUGUGGAUUAGUCACUGUAAACAUCAUGCAAGCUUGUCUCUUAAAGAGAGCUUAUUCCGUUAAUUUUCUUGUUAAAAUAUUUGCCAUACAGAAAAUCUCUUUUUCCUGUCCCAGGUGUAGGUUUGUUUGCUUAUAUCGGAGUUUUCUCAAAAGAGUCUGCGACACCAAUAUCAAAUCCGCUUGAAAGCAGCGAUAUUAGUUUAUUCAUCCAGUCUUUAUGUACAAAGAUACUGCCAUAUCUAAAUUCACGUGUGCUUUUUCAAAGCUCUGUCAAAUUUUAACCUGAAUGUUAAAUCAUAUCGUCUGCAGAUUAAAAGCAGUGCAAACUUUCGUAAUUUUCAAGAAGCUCUUCAGUGCAAAUUUUUGUUGUUCUCAUUUAAGAGAUCAAGCAUCUUGCACUUCUACAAGAAAGCAGUCCUUUAUAAAAGCACGAUACUGUAAAAUGGGCAUGCCCCUAGCCCGACUGGGAAUUACCCAGCAACAUAUUCACCAUGUAAUAGAAAGAGAAGUCUCAUUUCCAACAAGAAAGAGGAAUUGCCAGUUGCCAGAAAGUCAAUAACUUUUUUGGCUAUAACAGUACUUCAUACCUUAAUUCAUAAGAUGUUUUUAAAAAAGGUUGCUGAUUAGGGUUAAACGUUAACUGAUUUCUAUUUAUUCUCAUUCAAUUCUAUAUUUCAGAUCAAGAUGUAAAGCUAUUUAAAACUUCUGUUCUAUUUCUUGGCAAUUCACCUAGUAUCAAGAAACUUAGAAAUAAGUAGUGUUUUAUUUCCAUAUCAACCAUCGUAGCUCUUAUUCAUCUUAGCCGUAUAGUUUCGACAUAUGUUUAUUUCCAUUUUUAAUCAAAAUCUAAAAUUAUAGUUUCAGAAAAAGUACACCUGUUAACAGGGCAAUCUUUUUCUGCGAUGCAGUUCAAAUACCACCUAAUAUGCAAGAAGCAAGAUCCCUAAGCAAGAAAUGCAUCCUAUCUUAAUUUUAGAGCUCACGACUCUCUUAUGGAAAAAAAGCGAUCGCACUAAAAAGACGUCUUAUGGAAAUCAGGUUUUCUUCCUAAAAAAACAAAAUAUUUCCAUCUUUCAACGAAGUUAGCCAAAAAAAGCAACUCUGAUCCAACGAUACUCCCUAAUGUGUCCAUAACAGAUGCUGAUAUUUUCCUAAUGAAUUAUAAAUUUAUAGAAAUAGAAAAUAUAAACUAACAAACAAAGGUGUGAAAAAAAAUGCAAAAAAGAUGAGAAACUAGAAAAAAUAUUUGUGUAAGGUAAACUGGAUAAGGGGUUCUCGAAAACAGGCAAGGUUAUAGUCUUACCAAAACUCACAUUUCUCGACCAAGAACUUUUUUAUCCAAAACUUAGUUAAAAACACUGAAAACAAACAAGAAAAACGUGUGAAUCAUCUGUCGACUCUCUUCGCAGUUGCUUUAUCCUCUAAAAAGGCACUUUUACAAGAAAGGGGUUUUUGAAAAAAAGGCAAGGCUAAAGCCUUACCAAAAUAUCCAAUUCUCGAGCAAGAACUUUUUUAUCCAAAACUUGGUUAAAUACACUGAAAACAAACAAGAAAAACGUGUAAAUCAUCUGUCGACUCUCUUGGCAGUUGCUUUAUGCUCUAAAAAGGCACUUUUACAAGAAAGGGGUUUUUGAAAAAAAGGCAAGGCUAUAGCCUUACAAAAAUACCCAAUUCUCGACCAAGAACCUUU